AACAGUUUUAUGGCCGGAAUGGCCAUAAAUACGUAAACAAAAUUUGAGUUUUGAGCAAGCAAGUUUACAUAAUAGAUAAAAAUAUACAAAUUACUGUGUAUUGUCCGUAUUUUCACGUUUCGUUGAACUUUUCUUAUACAAAUUAUGUCAGUCAUCAAAUAUAUUGGACGAACCACCGAUUUCAAUGGAAAAACAUUAUGGGAAAUCGUGGGCAAUCUUAAAAACUUCGGUGUUGGUCGUGUGGUGGUUAGAAGCAUGUUCGAGCGAUACACAGAACCCAGCUACAUGCGCAUUUUGAAGGUUGAGGCUCUUCCGAAUGAGGAAACUCGUAAGGUGAAAGUUACGGUGGAAAAAACUUUCCGUGGCCGAACAUAUCCAAAGCCAGCUGUGAUCGAGAGCGUUUCAUAUAAAGCCGACUACCGGUUACUGCACAAACACGAAGAGGAAUCUUACUGCCGGGUAAACACGCCGCAAGAUGAAAAAGUAAUCCCUCUUGAAAUUGAUAUGCCUCCACUGCUACGAGAGUUUGUUAAAAAAGAAACCGGUAAAACCAACCCAAAAAUUGCAAUUAAAUUGAAACCUGGUUACAACAAUCAUUACCGAUUGGCGCGUGACAACGAGGAAGCGAACGUGGAAGUCACAAUGGGAAUUGGUAAACCAGCAAGUCCUAGCUUGUAUGCAGGAUGUGGCAUUUAAAACGUUAAACAAUAUAGUAAUAAGUAUCGUAUGACAUAUAUUGAAAACCACGAUAAACAACUAAAAACUAUAUUGAUUGAAAGAAUACAUUCAAUCAUUUCUCCAAGUAACUUCAA